AUGAAUUUCACACCUUUCAUUGCUUUUCUUAUCCUAUUGGAACAAUGUUUUCAUUCCUCUGAUCGCUCUUCACUGACUCAGAAAGUCAUCCUGACACCAGAAGAAUUGGAAUUAUUUAGAAAUGUUAAAGAUACGGAUAUUGAAGAGAUCUACCCAUUGGGUUCAGUUAUACUAAUGGUAUUUACCUUGGCAGUUGCCAUUAACUGGACUGUUGGCCGUUAUUGGAGACAUCCCUAUAGAAGGGGGAUGGGUUGGGCCCAUCUAAUAUCAGUAAUGAUAUUCACAGCGCUUCUUUAUACGCGUCACACAUCACUGGAGUUCCACAAAGGAAACCCAGAAUAUGAAGAAAUAGAGAAUGAUGAAGAUGAGGAGAAUGACGAGAACUCGCUAGUUUAUCUCUUUGCUCUCCUGGUAUUAAUCUUCGGACUAGCCAUUGACUGGUGUUUCAGUAACACCACUAAAAAGCGCAUUAGCGUUUCUCCCAGCCAGACCAGCCAUAAAAGGCAUCUAGAAGAGAGGCUCUUGGUUGGUCAAGGCUUACUUGGAGAAGAUGAACUGGAACGACAUCUUCCACAAAAAAAUCUAAGGAUCUUUAUUGCCACCUGGAAUAUGAAUGGAAAAAAGGAUCUUCCAGAGAGACUGGAUGAUUUCCUGUUUCCAUCGGGCGCCGAGUCUGCACAAGACUUGUAUGUUAUCGGAGUACAAGAAGGCUGCCCCUACAGGCAAGAAUGGGAAUACCGUCUGAAGCUGACACUGGGGGAUCGUUAUGUCUUGCUCCACUCAGCAGCUCACGGUGUCCUGUACCUGUCUCUGUUUAUCAGGCGAGAUCUCGCGUGGUUCUGCUCUGAGGUUGAAUGUUCAACUGUCACUACGAGAUUCUUCCCAAUGAUUAAGACCAAAGGGGCUCUGGCUGCUUCAUUUACAUUCUUUGGAACCUCAUUCCUUUUUAUCAAUGCCCACUUUGCGGCAGGAGAUUCCAAGGUAAAGCAAAGAAUACAGAAUUAUGAGAAAAUAAUCAAAAACCUGCAGCUCCCAAAAAAUGUUCCUGACACAAACCCCAUUUACUCUGAUCCCGACGAUGCAACAAGCCGGUUUGAUGAAGUCUUCUGGUUUGGGGACUUCAAUUUCCGCUUGAGCAAGAGUCGGAGUGAAGUUGAUUCCAUCCUAGAGAACCUUCCAGAAAAUGACAUGAGGUCCCUCCUGCAGUAUGAUCAGCUGUCAGAAGAGGUGACUAAAGGUUCUAUAUUCAAAGGAUUUAAGGAAGGCGAAAUACAUUUCCGUCCCACAUAUAGAUUUAAUAUCGGAUCCGAUGACUAUGACACCAGUAAGAAACAGAGGACGCCUUCCUACACUGAUCGAGUGAUGUACAAGAGCCGGCAUCAGGAGGAUAUCCAUGUUCUCAAAUAUGGCUCUUGCUCACUUAUGAGACAAUCGGACCACAAGCCUGUUUUUGGGCUAUUCAAAGUAUGGAUAAAACCAGGGUCCAAUAACAUUCCUUUGACUGUUUGA